AUGCCAGAUUAUAUUGCUUCUCGGUAUUACCCAGCUCGAAUAGGAGAAAUAUUCCGGAAUCGCUAUCAGAUUGUAGGAAAGCUGGAAUUUGGAGCCAGCUCCACCGUGUGGCUUGCGAGGGACAUGAACUAUCGUCGUUACGUUGCCCUCAAGAUCUUCAUCAAGUCUGUAUGCAUGGGACCGCAAUUGGAUGACGAGCUCCAGAUGUACAAACGCAUGGAGAGAGGCUCAAAGAGCCAUCCAGGUCACAGUGCUGUUAGGUCAUUACUGGACUCCUUCAAUGCCAGUGGGUCCGAGGACAAACAUCGGUGCCUCAUGCAUCCUCCAUUAUGGGACAGCGUGUUGACCUUUCUGCACCGGAACCCGGGGCAGAGGCUACCUGCUCCGGUCCUGGCAUUUGUGCUUAAGCGCCUGUUUCUGGCGCUAGACUACCUGCAUGCAGAAUACCAGAUUAUACAUACCGACAUCAAGGCCGACAAUAUCAUGUUCGGCAUCGCCGAUGAUUCAGUUUUCAGUGAAUUUGAGGAAAAUGAGCCCCAACCCCCUUGUCUAAGGAAAGAGUUAGAAGGAAGAACAAUAUACGUGUCUCGGGAGCUGAGAGUGCCCAGAAAUUGGAGUACUCCAGUCCUAUGUGACUUUGGCUCCACCGUCCCUGGCGGCGAAGAGCACACAGAAGAUAUUCAGUCUAAUAUUUAUCGAGCCCCAGAGGUGAUUCUGGAGGUCCCCUGGACGUAUAGCGUCGAUAUUUGGAAUGUGGGAUGCAUGAUUUGGAACAUCUUUGAGGGCGAGUCCUUAUUUACUGGCUUUGAUCCAGAAUCUCGGACUUAUCGAAGUCGAGCCCACCUCGCUGAGAUGAUAAAAGUUGCUUGGGCCUCCCCCGCCCAGUCUCCUUACCCGAGGAAAGCUAAGUCAUAA